AUGAAGUUGCAGGUGAUGGGCAACGAGCAGUCUGCCGCCGACCCCUUCAAGGCACGUCACAGCGUCGACGCCUCCUUUUUCCGCCAGGUUCUUGCUUCCUCUCCAAAAUUAACUUAGCAAUCAUUUUCGGCUUCGAUAUAUUCGCCAAUACCAAAAAAAAUUUUGUCUGUGCUCUUUCUCUCUAUCGUACUUUUUUCACGUGCUAUUUAUGAGUUUUUCUGACCUGAAUGAAAGAAAAAAAGGACCCAGACAGACCAGAAUCAUUGCAGAAGUGAAGGAGUGGGUGGUUGCGACUCUCUGACUUCUAAGUACAUCAAAAAGUAUCCGACAAGGUUCUAGCUGACAGUUUGAAGUUUUCCGAAAGUUUGCAUAGAGUGGCUAACCGCGCAGACUUCUAGUUUUAAAAGAACUAACUUGCAAAAAUGUGAAAUAUUGGUUGCAGACCUGAUUUUGUGUUAAAAGGCGAGCUCUGAAAACACAUGCCUACAAAAACAUUUGAGGAGGUGCCACUAUAAGGAACCUUUAUCAGGAUAGUUGGAGAAAAUUUUCAGGAAACUAAAAAAAGCUUCCACAAUGCAAAGUGAAGCUUAUCAAUUUCGUCAGGACACUAUAAUCCAAUGUAUGAACAAAAAUUUAGGUUAUAUACUAAAAUUAAAACAAUAGUUCCAAGAGAAUAUGAGGCAUUGUGAAGAAAGAACCCAAAACUAUUCCCCUGCCUACGUGCCCUUUUUCGGUGAUUCCGCCUGCUUAAAGCCCCAAAAUGCCAUUCAGAACGUCUUUCCGUUUGUCUCACUCAACAUACUACGUUCGCUUCAUGUUUUUGCUGAAAAGAAAUCGAAAAGAUAGGCUGUUUCUAUCAAACAGGGUUGGAAUCUUCAUUCUGAUAACUCAUUGUCACUGCAAAAUUACAUCAUCAUUUUCCUCUCUUUACUUUAGAAAAAAACCAAAUAGAAUGAUACACAAUUUUGCAAACAUUUUUCAAGACUUUUGAUGUUGUUUUUUUUUUGGGUGGCUCGUUUUUUUGUAACAACCAAUAGAGUUACAAUACUUACCCUUGGAAUGACUGUUUUUUGAGUAAAUGAUGGGAUGAUGUGAUGCUGACGACGCGGUGUCGAGCAAAGAGUCCAUUUAGAAACCCCAUAACGCUUACCAAAGCUGUUAGGACAAGCCAUUUGGACGCAUUCGGAACUUCCAAUGUUUGCUUCUAUGCAAGAGAGCCUCGGGUUCGAAUAAUGGAAAAAGGCGCUCUAAUUCGACGGCAUCGUGGUUUCCGAGUCUCGACUUUCUUCUCGGCUGCUUCUGAUUUUCCUCUGAGAAGCGUCAUUUCGCAAACAUUCUUCACUUGUCCACUUGUCCCCGUCACCUUUCUCGACUUUUCGCCGCAACUGCCUUCUCAAGCCUUCUGAACAUUUUGCGCUUCUACUUUUCAUCAUAUUCAGAUGACAAAUUUUUUCGGCACUCGUGUGUCCAUGAAAGCUUAGCUCAUACAGUUGGCCCUGGAAACUCAACUUUGAUUAACGGCUGAUCUUGUAAAAUAAUUUUUUUCAGAAGUAUAAGUUUUAAAGAAAAACUUUUUUUCAAAUUUUUCUGUCUGAGAGUUUAGCGGGUUUUUUAAGGUUCUGUUUCUGUGAAUUUCUGUGAAUUUUCUGUGAAUUUUUGUGAAUUUUUCACUAGAUUACGCCAGUUGACCAUUCAUAGACCUGGUAUCAAAGUGCAAAAGAUGUGAACUCUCCAGUCAUACAGUCAAAGAAAAGCUUUGGAAUACCUACGAUUUUGAAAUUCAGUAUAAACUCAUGGCCCCCUUGAAUAGACUAGGUUUAGGUGACACACUCCACGAGCUCCACACCGCGCGUUUCCGUCGUUCAGAAGUCGGGAGAGACGCGGCAGGUGACGACGUCCAAUAUAAACCUCCACCGUCUGUCCACCGAUUGCGCGGAGCUUAAGUCAGUUAUUAUUUUUGAAUUGUGAGAAAUAUCUUCAGAGUUAGGAAAAAUGAGUUGAAUUCCGAAAACCGACAAACAUAUAUAGUAGAACAAUUGAUCAAUGAACAAUUUAAGAAUAGGAAUGAAGUUUAAAGCCGUUUAUGUUUCUACUCGAUUUCUAAAGAUUUAACAACCAACUCCCCUGAUUUAGCCACCAGAAGUCAUUUUUAUAACUACUAUACAAAUGUGAAUAUUUCAGAAUAAAGAUACCGUGUGCAAUGAAGUGGAUGUAGAUGUUUUUCAUAAAUAGGUUCAAACGUGGAAAAUCAAAAUUCAAAUGGUAAAAAGAAAGUAAGAGCUGUUCACAUCAUCAUUGCAAACGAAGUAAGUUUAUGAGUUCCGAAACUUCAACAGAAUACUCGAAAGUAUACUUGCUCCAAAAAAAAAUUUCGUUCAUCAAGAGUUCAAUUGAGCAAAAUAAUCAGUUCAGUGCACUGAAAUUUUUUCCACUGAAUUACUGUUUUCAAACUUUUCAACAGUCUUUCGAUCUUCGAAAAUUGUUGAUUUGUAAAUUUGAAUAAAUCGCUCAGGUACUUCCGACCAAAGCUGUCGCUGGGAGGGGAGGACAUGGGCAACACUCAGGGACGGCGACUCAGCCGAGCCGCCAUAACCAUCGAGAACGGCAGCAGCGUCGACAAUUCGACGUUUGUCGAAGCCCUAAAACUCACUCCGUUAGAUUCCUCCCGCCUCCUUUACCAAUUGUAACUUCAGAUAUCAAACACAACAGCUAAUGUCAACAUGGCCAAAAAUCAAAGCUAACGGGACUAUUUUUGCUCAAGUCUUCAAGUAAGUAUUUCCUAGGAGCUGAUUGGGUUGAAAAGAACUAUUUAUCAGAGUUUUGAUGACCAAAUCACCGACGACGAGGGAAAUGUUCCAAAAAAUGUCAAUAGUAGAAGGGUUCCGCUCGAAGCAGUGCUGCGAGUUGAACAUGCACGCCAAGGUUGAAUCUCACGGUGGCUGGCAAUCAAUUUCGGAUUGCAGGUUUUAGCAGAGCUGCUAGACUCACUGCUCAACGACCUCCAGCAGCCUUCCAAGCUAGUCCAAGCUCGCUGCAUGGACAUCGGCGCGUCGCACGUCUCCAUGAGCGACAAGUGCCACGGUGUGCUGUUCGACCAGCUCGGCGAGACACUCACAGAGGUCUUUUUUCAAUUCAUUUUCUAUAAAGGCUCAACACUUUUGGCAACGCUCCAUGGACUUAUUGAAAAUGUUCUCUUCAAGCACAAUAAGAUCGAAUAUUUGUUUGACCUAAUUGAUUUCUUCCUGAAGCAGUCUUUUAUUUUUUAUUUUCGUUUCCGAGCUUUAACAGCAAUGCGAACGAUAUCUUCUCAGAAUUUUCAAACUCUAAAUUGGUCCGAAUUUGAUUGAUAAUAAGUCAGAUUCUUGCUAUGUUUUUUUUAAAAUUUAGACGCAAACAAGUUUCAGUUGAGCAUUCAAAGAAAUAUACGUAAAAUUUUUAAUUUCAGGUUUUUACCAAAACCGAGUGUGUUCGGACCAAAAGAGAAGCGGCCAAGGCAUGGAUCUCGGUUUUGAGCUACCUGGUGGACGGUAUGCGCGGCGGGUACAUGGAGGAGUGGUCUAAACGCAGGCGUCUGGUUGGAAGCCUCUGA